GCGGAGCAGGCGCAGGCGGCGGGCCGGGCCCGGGAGGCGGUGGGCCUGCAGCGGGCCGGGGCCGGCAGCGGAGCGGGCAGGGCCGGGCAGGGCCGCGGCGGGGCCGGGACGUGGCGGCGGGGCCCGGUCCCGGCGGGCAGCGCCAUGGCCGAGACCAUCAUCAUCCGCGUGCAGUCGCCGGAGGGGGUGAAGCGAAUCACGGCCACGAAGCGCGAGACCGUGGCGACGUUCCUCAAGAAGGUUGCAAAAGAAUUUGGCUUCAGGAAUAAUGGCUUUUCCGUGUACACCAAUAGAAACAGGACAGGCGAGAUCACAGCAGCACAAAACAAAUCCCUCAACUUGCUGAAGAUCAAGCAUGGUGAUAUGCUGUUCCUCUACCCCUCGAGCCCGGCUGGCUCCUCCUCAGAGACCAUGGACACCUCUGUCUCCCAAAGCUUGCGGCCUGUGGGGGCUCCUCAGGUGGUGGAAGAUGAGAUUGACCAGUAUCUGAUCAAACAGGAUGGCAAGAUUUACCGGAACCGAGACCAGCAGCUGUGUCGCCAUGGCCCCUUGGGGAAGUGUGUGCAUUGUGUACCACUGGAGCCUUUUGAUGAGGAUUAUUUGAACCAUCUGGAACCUCCUGUGAAGCACAUGUCGUUCCAUGCCUACAUCAGGAAGCUGACCGGAGGGGCAGACAAGGGGAAAUUUGUUGCCCUGGAGAACAUCAGCUGUAAGAUCAAGUCAGGCUGUGAAGGGCACCCUCCAUGGCCAGAAGGCAUCUGCACAAAGUGCCAGCCAAGCGCCAUCACUCUCAAUAGACAGAAAUACAGGCAUGUUGACAACAUCAUGUUUGAGAACCACACAAUUGCAGAUCGCUUCCUCGACUUCUGGCGGAAGACAGGAAACCAACACCUCGGGUACCUCUAUGGCCGGUACACAGAGCACAAAGACAUCCCCCUGGGCAUCCGGGCCGAGGUUGCUGCCAUCUAUGAACCCCCACAGAUUGGCACCCAGAACAGCCUGGAGAUCCUGGAAGAUCCCAAAGCUGAGGUUGUGGAUGAGAUCGCGGCAAAGCUUGGGCUGAGAAAGGUUGGCUGGAUAUUUACUGAUCUGGUGUCUGAAGACACACGGAAAGGGACUGUUCGAUACAGCAGAAACAAGGACACGUAUUAUCUAAGUGCAGAGGAGUGCAUCACAGCUGGGAACUUUCAGAACCAGCAGCCCAACAUCUGUCGCCUUUCUCCAGAUGGUCAUUUUGGAUCCAAGUUUGUCACAGUGGUGGCUACAGGUGGUCCCGACAACCAGGUCCACUUCGAGGGGUACCAGGUCUCGAAUCAAUGCAUGGCUCUGGUUCGGGAUGAGUGCUUGCUGCCCUGCCGAGACGCACCGGAGCUGGGCUACGCCAAGGAGUCCAGCAGCGAGCAGUAUGUGCCCGAUGUGUUCUAUAAGGACAUAGACAAGUUUGGCAACGAGAUCACACAGCUGGCUCGCCCGCUCCCGGUGGAGUACUUAAUCAUAGAUAUUACUACAACUUUCCCCAAGGAUCCAGUCUACACAUUUUCUAUUUCUCAAAAUCCAUUCCCCAUCGAGAACCGUGAUGUGCUGGGAGAAACUCAGGACUUCCACAGCUUGGCCACGUAUCUGUCCCAGAAUACUUCCUCCAUCUUCCUAGACAUCAUUUCUGAUUUCCAUCUGCUCCUCUUCCUGGUCACAAACGAGGUCAUGCCUCUGCGGGACAGCAUCAGCUUGUUGCUGGAAGCUGUGAGGACCAAGAAUGAGGAGCUGGCACAGACCUGGAAGAAAUCAGAGCAGUGGGCCACCAUCGAGCAGCUCUGCAGCACGGUGGGGGUCCCGCUCUCGGGACUGCAGGAGUACGGGGCCAUGGGUGGCUCGACACACGCGGCGGCAGCGGCCAUGUGGGCCUGUCAGCACUGCACCUUCAUGAACCAGCCGGGCACGGACCACUGCGAGAUGUGCAGCCUGCCGCGGACCUAACCAAUACACAGCAACCCCCAGAGCA